AUGGUAGGUUGUUUAGAUCUAUUCUUUUUCUUUCCAUAUCUUAUGCCACUAUCUUUAGGACCACAAAAAGCACUUUGUGUCCUCCCAUUAAACACGCUAAACAGAAUGCUAAUUCAUAAUGGCACUAGCGACUCUAUCCUGAACACUGUACGUGCCACUAUAUCUGCACCAGCACUGAACAUCGCAAAGUUACUCAAGACAUGGUGUUUAAAGAGUAGGCAAAGUAGGGUUAGUAUUGGGCUGUAUCUCUUGCUGGCCUUGCUGGUCUUUCUAACUAGCCACGCGGGAUCGCCUAAGAAUAUUCAGAUGACCUUGCCCGAUUCGAAACAAGUAGCCAACAUCAUGACAUUAAUUGGGUUUUCAUUUGAUAGUCCGAACCCGGCUGUGACGGUUUAUGCCUAUAUUCCUAACCAAGUAAAAGAGCCUGCAUUGGAUCCUAACUCAGCGUCAAAUAAUAUACCUAGCUAUGUGGUAACGUAUGCCGGUCUAAUGAUCAGUUUUGAAUUGCCUUCCUACUUCAAUUUAGAUAAGGCUGCGGCCGCCUUGAAUGAGCUAAGAAAGAUUGCCUCUAUUAAGGUUGAUCAUUUUUUGGUCAUACUAUUGCCUGCCAAGAUCAGCGGCCACGAGAUAUUUCCGCGAAUUUUAUCUCGGGUUGUUAAUAUGGUUGACUGUUCGCAGCUCGAAAUGUGCCUUACAGAUGACCAGGAAGAAAACCCGGCCAUCAAUCAGAUAGACUGGAUAAAGGCUUGUCUGCAAGAAGCACAAAACACAUCCAAGCAUGCUGUUUAUGGCCCAAUAUGUGAGCUGCAAUUUAGCCCAGAAACCAAGACGGAAGUCUUUCUUUUAAUCUACUAUGGCAUUGCUCUAUGGCGGCCAAUUUCAAGCCUUUAUUUGUCACAAGUCAGACCCCAAUCACUUGCACCUUUUAACCAGUUUCCAUUGAAAAAGGGAUACACCAUCGUUUCUAAACACUGUCCAGAGAAUGCAGUGUUUGAUUUUAGCUCUCUUCCCGGCACAACAGGCUGCGGAAGGAUAGCGCUUUGUGACCGCAAUGCCAUGGAGCUGACCAUAGUUGGUCUUGAAAACGCAGUUGAUAAAUAUUCCACAGUCUCUCUAGAAGUUCCGUGGAAGGCUCUCCUGUACAUGAGCGAGCACAAUGCGUCUCCAAUUCAAGUUUUCUCUCUUCGCGCCCGUCAUGUUUCCCAAAGCUAUAUCCAACAAAUGCACCAAACCCGGCACGGAUCAAAAUGGCUCAAACCUAAGAUCUUUGCUGAUAAAGUCACACUUGAAAUUGACAAAAAUGCACCAUGUAACUCUCGAAAAUACUACAAGGAAGUGUCCACUACGGAUGUCUUUAUCAAGCACGGCAUUAAGGCCAAGGAGAUUAUGGUCAAAUAUCAGGUCGGUCGAAUAGAUUUUGAUGCAACCAUGCAAUUCUUUGUGGACGUCUAUGCUUUAUUAGAUAGGCCUGACGUAGGUUUGAACAAGAAUAUUAUAUGUUGCGGUGACCAACUUAACGACCCAGACUGGACACUUGACGAAACUGUUAGCAUCCAACUUAAUCAACGCAAGUUAAGUUCUGAGAUCAAGAGAUACAAGAGAACUAACCACCUCGACUGUUUCUGCCAGAAUAUACACUAUGCAGUCAUUGAGAUUGCCGGCAACCGUACUCCAAACAAGAAACAAGUCGAGCGGUGCAUUUCUCUUCUAAGCAUCUUCCAAAGCAUCACCGCCCAAGAGCUCAAAAUCUCUAAUGUUCGCACCCAUAGCGAUACCACUACUUACUUUGAUAUAAUCACUCUAAGGUUAAAAGCGGCCCAACAAACCAAGUGGCCUCUCGCUCUUAACACCCUGGUGCUAGACAAUGUUGAUGAAAAGAUCAUUUACUGGAUGCUGGGGUGCUACACCUUUACUAGCUUAAUCACAAUAUACCUUCAAAACCAGCACUUCAAUAAUCUUGCCAUUGCCCAGAUUCUUUUCCUUCACCCGGGGCCUCAAGAGAUUGGCUCACUUGUCAUUAAUGAAUUCAGCGGGCUACACGAAGUAAAACAUUACGACCGGCGGGGGAAGGGUGAGAAGUUUUCACUCUUGAGGUGUAUCGAUAAUGCACAAAAACACAAACGAUCAAGCGAAGACCUUGGCCUGCACAAACUGGUUUUAUAUGCAAACAACGAAGACUAUAUCAUGUAUCCCGAUGCAAUGGCUGAACUUCAGCGCCAUGGCAUUAAGAUUAAACCCAUGCUGCCCAAAGAAUACCUCACCAAACAGCAUCCGACAGCAACUAUUCAGCUAUGA